AUGCUACAGCUGCAGACGGCGAAUUCUCGACGCAAUGCUCGUAGAGCGAGUAUCGUGAACACAGUGGAGUUCCCCUCGACUGAGGCAAGUGAAGCUAAGGAUAAAGCGCCUGUUGCGAAACGCAAGACGCCUCAAGCAUCUCACAAGUCUCCAAAAUCAAGACAGGCUGCAAAUGGCUACGCGCGUAAGACCAGCUCGCUUGAGAUGGUGGGAGACGACGACUCGAGUUUGUGUAAACUCUGCUACAGCGAGGAAGCGCUGGUGCACAUGAAACCGUGCGGCCACGCCGUGUGUAGCGCGUGCUGGUCGCGGCUGCCUGCUUCGUCCGGACAGAGUGGAGCAGUAUCCCGUCGCGUGUGUCCCUGGGACCGCGAGAUAGUAGAGAAACGGUAG